AGGAAAGCUCUCAUAGUUCACCAUGGUGCUUACCUAAAUCUCCUGUAUUUUAUCUCCCACCCUCCCUAUUCUAUAUAGUCUCCGCCGUUCUCCCAUUUCCUGCUGGUGGAUGCCCUGCUGCUUUCAUCUGUCUUUUAAGACAGCUGACGAUCUGACAGUAUUAAGAUUAUCUCUGUCCAUUCAGAAAGAUGGCACAAAUGUUUAGUUAUUUCCAGGGAGAUCCUGUUGCAACAUCCUCUCCCACUGAAGUUCGUAUGUGGGUAGAAGAUUUGGAUUAUAGUUUUCUUUCAUAUGGAGAAAUUUUUGAACGUGCAAAAAUUAACGGAGAAAAGUUAUUUAACAUCACCAGGAAGCAACUUAAUGACCUCGGCAUAGUCAGCAUUGAACAUCAGGAUAUACUCCUACAAGCAGUUGCUCGUAUUCGUAAAAAGGGUAAAAUUGAAAAGCAAGCUAUGCACAGAGAAGCCCAGAAUAUCAAAAAGAUGCCUACCAGAUUUGGAAAAGAAAGUGAACAACUUGAGCUUGCUCUUGAUCGUGUUCUUUUCGCAAUUUCGGAAAGAAGAUUGGCACGUAGUCUACAUGGCACUAUUGAACCACCUCAUAGCAUUCUUACAGCUACCCUUGAACUGGUUAAUAUUGCCAACAUGAUAUUAAACGUUCUGGAAAGGCCACCAUUUGAUUGCAUGUCAGAAUUUUCCAGUCUGAAAAAUCAUCUCAUUAACCAUAUCACAUUACUGAAACAUUUCUCUGAACAGACUGAUCUUAACCAUGAAAAUGAAUCUGAUAUAAUAGACAUGUGCAAGGGUGUGACUAAGAUGUGUCAGUACAUAAUUUCUCUGCCACCUGAUCUUCCUAAACCAGAAAAACAAAUUCCAAGACCUGCUCCCCAUGAAGAUAGACCACCUAAGGUGCAAGUGUUCUUCUAUUUUCUUGGACACAAGUAUCCUGAAAGAAGAAAUCAACUCUGGAAGUCACACCCAAUUACAACUGAACCUGCAACAGUGAGUUCUUCAGUGAAACGCAAAGCUGAUUAUUCACCACUCAUUCAACAUCUAUCAGUGCCAAUGACUACAACUGUUUUAUCAUAUGGACCUCCUGUACAAUAUACAUCUGUUCAAAAACAAAGUGUAUCUGAGAAUUAUUCAUCUUCACAAAGAGUUGAAUCUCCAAGUGAUGAAGGAGCAUUUACACUGGAAUGUGACAAAGGAUACAAAUCUGAAACAGAAGUUCAGGAUACAGAUCCAUUUGAAAUUUUAGGAGGUUCUUUUUAUUAUAAGACUCUCCAAGACCUAACAAUAAUUGAAAGUGAUACCCCUCUUGUGGACUCUGGUUCUGAAAGGGGUAUGAUUGAUUCUGACUCUGACAGAGAUGUUAUGUCAGAUUCUGAGUUAGAAGAACAAUCUAAAGACUUUGGAUCACUAAUAUGGAGACAGGACUCUGACUCAGAAAAUUCACCAAGGGAUUCAGACUCUAGAAAACACUUGUUUAAAGCAGAAACUUGUCAGCUGGAUUCAGUCUCUGUUGAAGACCUGACCAAUACUGGGAAACACCAGGUGAGAAUUGAACAGUACCAGAUGGAAUCUGGAUCUCUGAAACAUUGGAUGCCCUCAGGCUCAGAAAAGUCCCUGGAAGAUUCUAACUCUGAAAGAUUCUCUGACUCUGACAAUGAAAGACAGAAAGAAGAAAAAUUCCAAAUGGCUUCAGCUUCUGUACAUCUGAUGGAAUCUGAAAAAUCAAAGAUGGAGAAUGAAAAUUUGUGGAUGAUCCCUGAUUCUGAGAGUUAUUCAGUGGACUCACACACAGAAAAAGGUAGAGCAUCAAUAUCUAAAGUACAUCUGUUACAGGUUGAUGAAACAGAAAAACCAAGAGUUAAGAGAUAUAUGGUGGACUCUGAUUCUGAACCAAGUGAGACAGACUCAGAUUCAGAAAGAUGUGAGCUAGCCUUAGGAGCUAUGAAAUAUUUCAUGGAUACUGAAACAUUUCACCAGAGCAGUGCUAGCAGCCACUUCCCAAAGGAUUCAUGGUCUGAAAGUAGAACAGUAAACUCAGACUCUGAAAGCCCUGUGAUGUCCUCUGGUUCUAUGAAAUACAUGAAGAAAGCUGAAACAUGCAAAAGCACCUGUAAUUUGGAAAGACUCAAGGUGGCUCAAAAGUAUGAGUCUCUACAGGACUGGUUAGAUGCUAAAAGAAAACUAUUAGAUUCUGAAAAUGCUGGAUACUGGGAUAGCUCCGGAAAAUAUCACUUUAAGUCUAUGGUACCUCAAGAGAGUUUUGGAAAAUGUCAGGGUGACCUUCAAAAGUUUCAGCGUAUCACUGAAAAACAUGAAGUAGGCUCCAGUUCUGAUAAACAUCAGACACAAUUUGGAAACAAAAGAGAUCGAAAUGAACCUGAAAGUAAAAGAUACAUCAUAAAGACAGAGAAGGUAUUAGACAGUGAGGGGUUUCAAAUGGAAGAGGAAAGAGAAGGAUAUCUUGUAAAGUCUGACUGCUGUGAUACACAAAAUGAGGCACACCUGCUAGAAGCAUACCGGCUUGGUGCUCGUAGAAAGGAGAAUCGUCCUCCAGGGUUUUGGAGGCCCAUUACCCUACUUCCUAAACUUGCCCAGGAAAAUAAAACCGAAGAGCAGAAGUCUGUACAGCAAAAAGAUAACAGAGUUUCUAGAAUUCAGCUAACAAGAUACAAGAGUAGAGAUGAAAAUGUGAGAUUCAAAGAGGCAUCUUCAAGUCUCAGUGGCAAGCAACUCUCACAAGAAAAGUUAAAGGAAAAGCAUGACUAUAGCUUUUCUCCAGAAUCUCACCCAUUCACAGAUGAAAAGCAUCACAGAAAAGCUAGCCGGAAAAUGUCUGUCUAUAAGCGCCAUUGCAAGGAAUAUAGAUCUUCCCAUAGUUGUGAAAGUUUGAAGUAUCCAAUCAGUCCCAUUCCCCUAAGUUUUGAGACUUGCACCUCUAAUGUAUCAUCAUUUGUUGGCAGCCCAACUUCUAAAAGUCCUAAGUCUGUCACAAGAAAGAAGACUCGAAGAAGUAUUACAUAUUCUCCAGAGUUGGGAACUCAAAAAUGUACCAGAUGUUUUAUGAAAAUCCAUAACUCAUCUUUUCAUAAAUGCCUCACAAAUUCUGAUGAUUCUGACUCGGACUCCCCAUUACAUGGCCAGAUUUCUUCGUAUUCUAAAUAUUCUCUGGGCUCUAAAACUAUCAGACACUGCAAGACUUCUCGAAAUCGCCCUUUAUCUCAAUCCCUGGAUACUCAGCAUUCUGUGGUCAGCCGCUGCUCUCUGCACAAGGAAGAUUCUAAAUAUUCUAUAGAUUCUACCUCAUAUUUACAUUGUGAAAGUUGUGCAGCCCUCCAAAACCUUAAGGGCUCUUCUGUUACACACACCACUUCUAAGAACACUAAGAAAAUCGUGGGCCAACAUAGUCCCCAUGGCCACAUAAUACCAACACCUGUAAAAUUGUCUCAGAGUAAAAGCAAAUUCAACCUUACUGCCCAGCCUCAAAAUAAGGGUACUCCUGAUGACAGUGAUACUGUAUUUACCAGUGCUAGAAAUAUCAAAGCUGAGGCUAAUGUUGAAGAUAAAUUUCUUUACAAAGAUGAGACAGACUAUGAAGAUGAAACAAAUACUGAAGAUGAAACAGAUGGUGAAGAUGAAACAGAUGGUGAAGAUGAAACAGACACUGAAGAUGAAGACGAUCCCAAAGAUAAGAAAGACCCUAAAGACAAAUCUGACCCUGAUGACCGUGAUCCCAAAGAUGGCAACUCAGAAAAUGAUACUGAUAGCAACAAUGCAUCUCAGCCUAGUGCUUCUUCUGGACCUAUGGGUGGACCUGGUUCCAACAAUGAUGAUGACUCUAAAAAUGUAACUGAGCACAAGAGUGAAUCUGACCCUACCACUGAUAAUGCUACCAACAGUGAUGUUAACUUGAAAUAUAGCACUGAUGAGACAUGUACCAAAAAUUUAGAUAAUGCUUCAGAUCUGGCAGAAUAUUUCAAUCAUCACAAUAAUAUUGACUUCAAGGGCAGCACAAACCAAGCCUCUGGAAACAAAACAAGAACUGUACUGGACUAUAUUUCUGGUUCCAACAAUGAGAAAACUGGCCCUAGAAAUAUCAUAAAAGGAAAUAUUGCUUAUGCUGAAAAUAUUAGAUUGCUUUCCAACAGUCAUCAAAAUAAUGUCAUUAAAAAUGAGAGUGACCCAAGCCCACAAAACAGCUAUGGGCUCCCAAAAGACCUUAACUCUGACAUCAAUCCCAGUAAUGCUACUAACAAUAGCGCUAACCCUAACUAUGGCACAAAACCCAUGAGCACUGCUAUUUUCAAACAGGCAGCUGCCCUAAACUAUUAUUCAGACAUAAAUGAUGUCACAGGGUUUACAUAUGAAGUAAGGUCAAGUUUUGUAGUCAACUCAAACUAUUUUGACAAAAAGAAAUAUGCAGCUAGACCCAGCUUUGCACUUCACACUAUCAGUGCCAUUGAUACUCAUAAUGUUAUCACCUCUACUAGUGCUAUUAGCUCUCAGUUUACUGCUGAAAACAACUCUGCCCUAGACACUAAGCAUUUCCCUAGAUUUAGUCAUUUCAGGAGUUUCAGUGUUAUCACCAGCCCAAAUUAUAAUGCUAAAAAUAUCCAGAAUGCUAAUAAUUCUACUAGUAUCAGCAAUAUUAACAACCAAUCUGUCACUGAAUUAGAAAUAAAUUUCAUAUUAUCUGUUCUCAAAAUCAUUUAUGGAAAUAUCCCAAGUUUUAUUGCUGGCACAAACUAUCCUGAUUUUUUGAAAACCUCAGAAUUUUAUGAACCCCUUGAGCUUGGUAGAGCUUAUAAAAUUUUUGACAACCAAAGUAUUGAUGCUCCAUUCCAAGACACUGCUGGAUACAUGGACUCUGAUAAUUCUACGUAUGCCGCUGGGUCCAUGGAUGCCCUUGAUGCCAAAGAAUCUGGCUUUUUAAAAGAUUUUUCUAGGAUCCAGAAUACAAUUGGCAUCAAGGAUCCUUCUUCCCCUUUCAAGGUCUUUUCCAAUCAAAUUAUUCCACUCCCUAGUUUCGAUGUUCUAGUGGAAGCUGAACUUGCAGAUAUUGUGAAGUUUACUAUACCAUCAGGUGCUGUGAAUCAAUUAUUUAAGCUCAGACUCCAAACAGGUAGCAGACAAAAUGUUGACGUUUGAUAAAUGAAAAGAAUACCUUGAGAUGGAAAAGACAAAAGCACAACCAAGAAGUUUCUGAGGAUAUGAGCAAAUAACUUCAAAAGAAUUACAAUGGUCCCUGAAUAAUGUUUAUUUUAUGUUUGUUCUUAGAUAUUCACCCCAUUCUAUGUCCAUGCUUUUAUUGUCUAUUGUGGCCACAAAUACUUCAAAGCACCAUGUUACAAUUGCCCCUUCCAUAUGAUGUACAUGUGGCAGACUAUGGAAUUAGGAAAAGGGCACACUGUAGUCCUUUUCUAGACACGAUCCAAAAAUAAAUUUUACUACUUUGUAUUCAUAGUAUAGGUAAGCUUCUCAAACAAAUUCUUCCUUGUAGUCUCUGUAUUCUGAAGAAGAAGCCUUUAACUUUAAAAAAUAAGACAGAUAAUUUUUUUUUAGUAUUGUAACAAUUCUAAAUUUAAAAGAACCCACACUAAAUCUGUAAGUUUAUUGUUAAUCUUAAUUGUUGUUCUUACUGUUUUGUGAGUGUGGAGCUCAAAAUUAAAAUAGUUAAGAUUCAU